AUGCGCUUGAUGCUGGUGGCGGGCUCGUCGCACGGCCACUUUACGCAGCUGCUGGCGCGUUAUUUGGGCACGGAGCCGCUGCAGGCAACGCGCAAUAAAUAUGCCAAUGGCGAAACGCGCUUUGAGCUGCUGGAGUCGGUAAGCGGCGGCGACGUUUAUCUGGUGCAGACCAGCGCCGAUCCGGUGAACGAUAGUCUGAUGGAGCUGCUGCUAAUGGCGCAGACCUGUCGCUAUGCGUCGGCGCAGCGCAUAACAGCAGUGAUGCCUUGUUUUCCAUAUGCGCGGCAGGACAAGAUGAAGGGCUGGCAGCAGCCGAUCUCGGCCAAGCUGGUGGCCAAUCUGCUGCAGGCGGCGGGCGUGCAUCAAGUGCUCACCAUGCAUUUGCAUGCGCCACAGCUGCAGGGAUUCUUCGAUAUACCCUGUGAGAAUCUGAGCUCACAGCUGCUGCUGGUCGCCUGGAUACAACAGUAUGUGCCGGAUUGGCGACAGGCGGUGAUUGUGGCGCCGGACAAUGGCGCCGUCAAGCUGGCCACGUCCAUAAGCGAACAGCUGAGCAUACCGCUCGCUUUGCUGCAUAAGCAGCGCAAUUUCAGCAACGAAAUCGAGCACAUGUUGCUGGUGGGUGAUGUGGCGCACAAAGUGUCCAUUGUGGUGGAUGAUAUGGUGGACACCGGCAACACGCUGUGCUUUGCCGCUCAGCAUCUGCUCGAGGCGGGCGCUACCAAAAUUUAUGGCUGCGUUACGCACGGCGUCUUCACCGGCCAGUCGCUCGAGAAGCUGCUGCAGGCGCCCUACGAACUCUUCGCCUGCACCAACAGCUUGCCGCUGCCCGAGCGCGUGCAGCGCGAGCGUCGCAUUCAUAUCAUCGAUGUCACCAGCAUCUUUGCCAGGCACAUACAAAAGAAGAACAGCCCCAAUUUCAUGAUUAAAAUGCAGCGCGCACCCACCUCCGAACUCUUUGAUGUCGACGACUUGGAAAGCAGCAAGAACGCCCAGGGCGAGAAGUCAGUGCAGACCCGACCACAUGGAACGCGACGCGUUAGCAGCAAAUGA